AGAGUCACCCCCAUCUCCAUCGUCAUCCUCGUCAUCGCUCAUCCCUUCGUCGCCCUCAUCCAUCUCCGCAUCGGCCUCAGCCCCAGUUUCCAUCGGCAUACCCAGUCUCGGGUCCCAAGUCAGCUCCUCGGGCUCCUCUUCUUCAACUUGGACGCGCUGCUUGAGCUCGAACUUCUCCCGCAACAUCGCCACCGCCCUGACCGCCCGCUCGACGCGCUGGUCAUGCAUCCCCCGAAUUUGAUCGCAUUCCCGAAGAACGUCCUCGUAUUCUGGCUUCGGGGGAAGCACCCCAAGGGCUGUCGGGGCUGGAAGAGCAGCCCCAAGCACCCCGACACCUCCGUUGUCUGUUGGUUCCGGAGGAGCGGAAUCACCUCGUUAUCCAGCUGCGUGUCGGGCAUGCCGACACACGGGUGCAGAGCAAUGGACUCGAAGGGGUUGGCGCGAUUGACUUGGGAUAUCUGAGGCGCGCCGGAGGAGUCGAAUGUGAGGGAUGUCCCCUGCACGGGUGCAACAAGCGCAUUCGAAAGAUUGUGAGUCUGAGAGAGUAGCAUGUUAUACUUGGAAAGGAUGUCUGGCCAUGGGUGCAUAUAGUUUGAGUACCCCGCCUCGAUAGUUCUCUGGAGACCGAUUAUGGACUCGAUGAUCUGAUUGGUUUUGAA